AUGUCACCCAACAAUCAGAAAAUUACAACUACAAGAAUACACAUAAUGGCUUUAGAUGGUAUCGUCAAUGUAAACUCUUUGUUCACCUUAGCGCUUUUUCUUGGUCUUGCAUGGUACCCCACAACACCUGACCCCAACACCACGCUUAUCACUGAUGCUUCCUGCACCGCACCUUCUUCCAUCGCCGAGGACCUCAUCGCCUUCCACGUCUACUCUUUCAGCUCCUUUCUCUUUUCCAGUCUCAUUGCUUUGGCUGUUAAGCAGACCAUCAAGCUUUUUGAUACUAAAAAAGUCGAGGAUUCUGAUGGGGUGGUGCGUAGUGCUCCUCUGGCUCAUGUCAACUUGGUGGUUUUGCGGGCUGGGACUUUGGUUUCUGGGUUUGGGUCGGUUUUUGGAUGUGGGUUCUUGAUGAUGGCUUUGGUGGACUUGGUGCAAAUAAAGUUGGGGAUUUUGGGCUGUGGGAGUUUGCAUACAUUUGCUGCUAUUACUCCUUUGGUCAUUUUGGUCCCUUUGGCAUUGUAUUUAAUUGCAUUUUGUAUUGGGAAUGCUUCAUGCUAUCGCUUGUAUAAAAUUGCCAUGUUUCAGGGGGUUGGCAGUGACAAUGGCGUGAAAUUUGUUUUAUUGCAAUAUAGUAAUGAGUUGAGGAAAUCAAAGAAGUGUUUAGUAGCAUCAGAACCGACAUUUGACAUUUCAAUGGCUAAAGAUCAAGUUGCUAUCUUCAGUUUUCGCUGUUUCUGUUUCAUCAUAGUACUGCUAUCUGCAUUCUCAUUUCUCUCAUUUCUGUUCUGGUGUCAAUGCUCUAGUUCAUGCUACUACAGCAGUCAAAUCAUAUUGCAGAAGGAAAACCAACCCAUCAAUCUCCUUUCUUUCCCUUUGGCAUGGAAUCGUCUUUCGUUUCCAUCAAAACCACCUUCAAAAUACCUUAAAAUCGCACUCUUCGUAAAGAAAUGGCCUCAUAGAUCUCAUGCAGGUGGACUUGAGCGCCAUGCCCUGACCCUUCAUCUUGCUCUUGCCAAAAGAGGGCAUGAGCUUCACAUUUUCACCGCUUCUCUCUCCAACUCCUCCUUCCCUAGGUACCCAAUGAGCAAUUUAUAUUUUCACCUCUCAAAACCAACAGCUGCUGGUUAUCUGGACCAAGCUUUAGUCUGGAAGCAAUUUCAAACUCAAAACUCAACUGGAAAAGCCUUUGACAUAGUCCACACUGAAAGUGUUGGGCUGUUGCAUACUCGGUCACGGAACCUGACCAACUUAUCAGUUACUUGGCAUGGGAUUGCAUAUGAAACCAUUCAUAGUGACAUCAUCCAAGAACUUCUUCGGAAUCCCGAUGAACAGCAAGCAUAUGCAUUGACUGAAAGAAUUACCAAGGUUGUUGAGGAGGUCAAGUUUUUCCCGAACUAUGCUCACCAUGUCGCCACUAGUGAUCAUGCUGGAGAUAUACUAAGAAGAAUUUAUAUGAUCCCAGAAGAACGAGUCCAUGUUAUUCUCAAUGGGGUCGAUGAGGAGAUUUUCAAGCCAGAUCCUGCUAAAGGCAAGUCAUUUAAGCAGAAAUUUGGGGUCGUAGAGAGUAGAUCAUUGGUUUUAGGCAUGGCAGGGAGGUUAGUGAAGGAUAAAGGACACCCCUUAAUGUUUGAAGCUCUGAAGCAGAUGCUUGUGGAAAAUGGCACAUUUCGUGAAAACACCAUUGUUCUGAUUGCUGGAGAUGGUCCUUGGGGUGCUAGAUACAGAGAUCUUGGAGCCAAUACACUAAUUUUGGGGCCGUUGGAACAAGCUCAACUGGCAAGCUUCUAUAAUGCAAUAGAUAUUUUUGUAAACCCAACUCUUCGAGCUCAGGGAUUGGAUCAUACUUUGUUAGAAGCAAUGCUUUCUGGUAAGCCAGUGAUGUCCACAAGGGUAGCUAGCAUUACUGGAUCUGUGAUUGUUAGCACAGAAGUUGGAUAUACCUUUUCUCCUAUGGUAGUUUCUUUGAAAAAUGCACUUUAUAGGGUCUGGGAAGAUGGCAGAAGAGGUCUGGAGAAGAAAGGCCAAGCUGCUAGGCAGAGAGGGUUGCAAUUGUUCACUGCCACGAAAAUGGCAGCAGCUUAUGAAAGGCUAUUCCUUUGCAUAUCAAACGACAAUAGAAAAACAGAGGAUUAUUGCCAAUACCAAUCUCCAUUCAAUUAA